UCUUCUUAAACCUUCUUCGGCAAGCAGACUGCCCCCUAUAUAUCUCAUUUCUCUCUCCCUCAAGAAAACCUAUGCUUACUCUUCUUCCAAAUUCUUCAUCACUCUUUCCUCGAAAAGAAAACCCUGCAACCCAAAAGAUACUGAUUUGGAGUCCCAAAGAAGACAACUGGCUCAAUCAUACACAAAUGUCCAUAACUGAUCAAGAACCUCCUGGAUUGAAAACAAACCCACUUGAAUCCGAACCAACAUCAGAAAGGAAAUCCAAGAAGAGGACCCGCCAACGUGACGCCCCAUUUCAUGGUGUGAGAAAACGUAGUUGGGGCCGUUAUGUAUCUGAAAUUCGGUUACCCGGUAAGAAGACCAGAGUAUGGCUCGGGUCAUUUGGAUCACCGGAGAUGGCUGCCCGGGCCCAUGACUCGGCCGCUUUCUUUUUAAAAGGCAACUCAGCGUGUCUCAACUUCCCUGAUUCAGUCGGGUCGCUUCCCCGCCCCAAGUCUUGUUCUAGCAAAGACAUCCAAUUGGCAGCGGCCAAAGCUGCAACUGGGUUUGACGAAUCGAGGGUAGGUAACGGGGUCGGAUUUGAGGAUUGCGAGUCGGGUGGAGAACCCGAUGGUUCAAUUUGGUUGGGUUUGGGUGAGAUAGAAACGGUGUCGUAUGAAGAAGUGAAACGAACUCCUUUAUUGAGUCCUUUGAGAUUCGAUUCAAUGAGUGGAAAUGAUGAGGUGUUAUAUAUGAACGAUGAGGAGCUUUUAUUUGCUACAUAUUUGUAAAGACCUUCUUUUGGGGGCUAAAAUGUAAAGAAUUUUGAUCGUAAUGACUUGCCUUUAUUUUUGUAUUA